GGGUCGGGCCGGCUUCCGGGCUGCACGAGGCUAUCGGGGAGACCUUUGGGGGCGCUGUGCGGCCGCCUCCUCGUGCGCCUCACUUCUAGUCCCGCACCCAGGGAGCAAUCCCUUUCCGCCCUGGUGGCUGGAAGCCUGUUAGCCCUGCGAGGCUCUGGCCACGUGUCCGGAGGGCGUUGAGUCCAAUGGGACCCUCCAAAGGUCCUGUUUAGCAUGAAUGUGAUUUGGAGAAACUGUAUUUGUCGUCUGAGGCAAGGGAAGGCGCCACACAGAUGCCAAAGUGGUGUCCACCCGGUGGCCCCUCUGGGGUCACGGAUUUUAACUGAUCCAGCCAAAGUUUUCGAGCACAACAUGUGGGAUCACAUGCAGUGGUCUGAAGAAGAAGAAGACGCAGCUAGAAAACAAGUAGAGGAAAACUCAGCCACACGAGUUGCUCCAGAAGAGCAAGUUAAGUUUGAACGCGACGCUAAUAAAUACUGGGACACAUUUUACCAGACCCAUAAGAAUAAAUUUUUCAAGAAUCGCAACUGGCUGUUGAGGGAAUUUCCUGAAAUUCUUCCAGUUGAUCAAAGCUCUAAAGAGAAAGUGGAAGGAUCAUCCUGGGAUCAAGGCAGAAGUGACUUCUCAAAUAUGCAGAGAACGGAAAAGGAUUGUCAAAAGAGCCGUGUCUCAUCAGCCCCUUGGAGCGAAGAAAGAUCUAACUUCCCCAACCAAGACUUGGAAGAACACAGCGAAGGGCCUGGGAAGACAGAGCGCUUUCCUGGUAGCAAGGCCACUUUCCGAAUACUGGAGGUUGGCUGUGGUGCUGGAAAUUGUGUUUUUCCAAUCAUGAACACCUUGCGACGGCAGAAUGAGAAAAGAGCAAGAGAUCCCAUCCUUCCACCAAGCUGUGCUUUGCUUAGCGUCAGAUGUGGUGUGCUCUUCCUGGAUACCAGAUGGCACCUUACACAGAGAGCUGGGAUUGGAGCACACACCUCACUCCUCAUACUGUGGUAUCAGCGUUGCUGGAGCAACAGCACCCCCACCCCCACGCACCCUUCGCACGUCAGAUCUCUGUGCCUGGACUCAAAGUCAUCUGCAGUGGUAGUGCUGACCACAAGCGGGAAAGCAGAAAGAGAUGGGGACAACACAAAUGUCCUCCUACCUGCCCUUUGAGGCCACCGUCGGUCUCGCCUGAGAGUUUUAGUGUUCCUGUGAUGAACUCUCUCUACCUUUUGCCUCCUCUGGUCUCUCCAGUUCUCUCUCUAAGUUUGCACGAUACCUUUCACGUUAUUUCCCCCACUAAAAUCAAAGUGAGUGCAUUUCCAAAAACUUGCGACAGGAGGCGGUGUAGGUCCCUGUCACUCUCGUAUAGCUACUGUGCAGUCUGCAUACACAUUCUUUAACCUAACAUAUGAUCUUUUUAUCUUUCAAUUACAACUAUGUAAAAGCAUUUUGGAAAGCAAAGAGCAGUACAGUGAGUUUCUGUGAACCCACCACCUCAAUUCAACAAUUUUUAGCAUAAUGCCAAGCAUCAUGCCACUUCUGGAUCCAGGAUGCAUCUUCAGAACAUCUGGCUAUGAAACAGACAGAGCGUCCCCAUUGUUAUCUAUUGGCAGCUGCUGUGGCUGGGCAUGGGAGGCGCUGGCGACUGAGCAUGGCCUUACUCCUCGUCCUUACUUUCUUGUCUUCCCUUUCCCUGCUUCUCUUCUGUUGCACAUGACCAGGUCUCUCCACCCUCGUGACCCCGUGCUGGCGAGUGGUUGUGUUACUCUAUGGCUGUUCCCAAGUUAUUACUAAGCACGUUGUUUUUAAAUUUCUUGUUUCUCUAUUUUGUAUAUUCCAGGUAACCUAACAGUAUGAUAUAGCAAGAGGUCAAUAGAUAUUGAUUAUUAGUUCUGUAUUAGUUGUGCUUUCAUUUCUCUCUUCUCUUUCUUUCUUUUCUUUUCUUUUUCCUGAUUUUUGAGGCAGGGUCUCUCAGCAUAGCCCUGGCUGUCCUUGCUCUAUAAGCCAGGCCUGCCUCUGCCUCCUAAGUGCUGGAACUAAAGGCAUGUGCCACCACACCUGACCUCAGCUCUCUUUUCGGUUAACUCCUAAUGGAAAGCUCUAAGUUCCUACCUCUUCUGCACCCCUUCCCUUCCUCUUCCCCACCUCCUCAUUUUCCUUUUUUUCCUCCUCAUCCAACAAGGGCUCACUAUAUUCAUCAGACUGGCCUCAAACAAGAUUCUCCUGUCUUUAUCGCCCAUUAUUGGGAUUACAGGUGUGCUCAUUAACCUGGGGAAUAAUUCAUCUUUAAAAGCCCAAGAGUGUCCAGCCUUCCAGAGGGAAAAUAGAGCUCCCCGCCCCCAGGAUUAAUGUGUUACACUUUCAGAAUAUUUCACCAUAAUUAGACCAUUGGAAUCGAGGGUCAGAUCAUUCUCCAAGGAUCGUUUGUUUCUUAAUCUCCUCCCAGACAGCGCCGCUGCUGUGGUGUGGUACUGACAUGUAUACCCGUGGGAGAAGAGCCAGGGCGGUCAGCUGACUUGACACAAAGGCUCCUGAAGGUCAUUGGGUACAAACUGCAGCUUGGGAUGCUGAUGCAGUCAGAAUUCCAUCUCAGAGGUCAGGCUGGCACCUUGAUAGGACACAUGGCACACACUUUCCUUUAGCUGCUGGACUAGUCUGGGCUCAAUAGGUGUUCCAUAACUACUCAAAGGUGGAUGGCAGGCCUCUCACAGGCAUUAGCUGAACUAGAGUCCAGAAAGACACUGAAGUAUAUAGACAUUUUUAGAGGGUCAUCUGAGUUUUAAGUUCCUGGGAGUCAGAAGCAGGUUUCAGAAUAACAAUAAUAAUAAUAAUAAUAAUAAUAAUAAUAAUAAUAAUAAUAGCAGCAAUAACAGCUGUAAUAAUGGCUGAGAUCUGUUGAGUGCUCCUUUUUCUGAGCCAUGAGUCUUUUAGAACCUUACCAUGUGGAUCCAUUCAGCCCUCAUAACUACCUUAAACACCACACUUGUCUCUAGUGAAGAUGAAGGAACAGAGUUACAGACAGAUCAAGAAACUGUCGUCCUCCAGACACAUCACUUAGUAGUGGUGGAGCCAAGUGUUAGGCCCAGGGCAGUUUGCUUCCAGAGGCCUCUCAUCCUCAGCCACAGAUCAUACGUGCGUGAGUGCUAACGGAGCACAUUCGUGGGCAUCCAGCACUCAGUAGUUCACAGGCCACAGUUACCUGAGUUUCAUAGCGGAGUACAGAGUAUAUGCUGGAGUAAAGUACUAAGAUGUUCUUACGUACUUCUUCCUUUCUGUUUUUGAGACAGAAGCUCACUCUGUGGCCCAAACUGGCCUUGAGCAUCCAAUCUUCUUGCCUCAGCCACCCAAGUGCUGCGAGCAGAGGGUCGGGUGCCCCGUGCUCAGCACCACACCAUUUCCAUAGGGGACAGAUGACAAACAAAACAGAAUCAAGCGCUGCAGUCUUUUGCUUUGAUUUAGUGCUGGUUAACUUUUCACAAUCAAGUCCUGUCUGUUCUACUUCUACUUGUUUGGACCGAUCUUAAGUCGAGUGCAAAUCCCAGUGCUGCAGAGCAGAUUAAUUAUGUGUGUAUAAUAUCUAAGAAUCUUAAGUAUCCAAGAAUUUGUGUAUUAGAGUUUGAUUCCCUUUUAGAGAUUGCAUGUAUUCCAGUGAUAAUGCUGUAUGUGCUUCUGCCCUGCCAGAGCAAUUGAGCACCUGUUUGGAAAGGUUCAAAACCAAACAAGUUGCAAAUAAAGGAAGAAUGAGAGGGGCUUGGAGAAGGCAGAGCUGGGCAUGCCAGGCCUUGGGGGCGAGGAACAGGUGGGAGGGUGGGCUUAGAAAUUCCCAUGUGAGCAUGAGCAUACCUCACAGGUAGUCAGGCGCCCUUCAGCACAGGAUGGGAAUUUCAAAGUUCCCCGGUAGUAGUAAGAGCUUGUCACACCUUCUCUAGUUUGAACAUGUCUGACUCUGAACCUAAAUGUCUUUUU